AUGGGUUCCAAUAGCAAAGUUCUUUUAGACUUGGAGGCCAAUAAUAACACCACUAACUCUUCAACGUCAAGUUUAGAGUCAAAACUUCAAUUUUACGGCAAAGAUGAUGUAUUUUUGCAGCCUGGAACUGUAAAACUAAACCCACCUGAGCAGAAGCCCACCAUUAGCCCUGUUCCCAAGAGCCACGUUUUAGGGAAAGUGAAGGAUUUCCUAGGCGUUAUAUCAGAGUCAAAUAGAAAUCUGAUUCAAGAAGCCAAGGACAAUCCUGAAAAUUAUGACAUUGAAGUCAUGAGUGGAAGAGAAUCUGAAUACAUUGAAAUGGACUUGAUGCUGGGUGUCGCUGAUCUUCAUACCCCGGAAGCUGUUGCUGCUGCAGAGUCUGCAAUAGCUGGUUAUCAACCAAUAAUUCCCUUGGCUGCUGAUAGUAGUAGCGGGUCAGAAUCUGAAGAUAGUAGUGAUGAUGAGGACGACGACGACGUAGAAGAAGAAGAAGAAGCUGGCAAACAUUCUGCAAAAUUUAGUUCCAGGGUUGCUGAAAAGGAUUCAAGCAAAGCAUCUAGGAAUCAGAAAUCUAGAAAACGUCUAAAGAUUGUUGAGCUUUCUUAG